UGAACCCUUCUGGGUUUGCUUUCGACCACCACCAUCUAGAGAGUCAGAUAUCGCUUGCGUCCAUGAAUGCCACACAGGCAAAAGACAGGCUAUAUAGCCAACUCGCAGCUAGUCUGAAGAAUAUGUCACGCGCUGUCGGGCAGACAGCAGACCUCUUUGAACAGCUUCAGACAGACUUGGACGCCAUGAGAGUUCUGGCUGGUACACAUGCUGCACAGUAAGUCCUGAUUUUGAGCUGCACAUCUGAUUUAUAAGACCUAUAAUGUAUACUUAGAUUCAUGACCGUUGCUGCGGAAC